AUGGUCGGCCAUCUGAGCGAGGGGGCCAUUGCGGCCAUAAUGCAACAGGGAGAUACAUCUAUAAAACCUAUCCUUCAAGUAAUUAACAUCCGUCCCAUUACUACAGGGAAUAGUCCACCCCGCUAUCGACUUCUGAUGAGUGAUGGAGUGAACACUCUAUCCUCUUUCAUGUUGGCAACACAAUUGAACCCUCUUGUUGAAGAAGAACAAUUGUCAAGCAACUGUAUCUGCCAGAUUAACCGAUUUAUUGUAAACACUUUGAAAGAUGGAAGGAGAGUAGUUAUUUUGAUGGAAUUAGACGUUUUGAAAUCAGCUGAAGCAGUUGGAUUAAAGAUCGGCAACCCAGUGCCAUAUAACGAAGGACAUGGGCAGCAGCAAGUAGUUCCUACUCCAGUCUCUGCAGCCAGCGCACCAACCAGCAAACCCCAGCAACAGAAUGGAAGUUCAGGAAUGGCUUCCACCGUAUCUAAGGCUUAUGGUGCCUCAAAGAUGUUUGGAAAAGCUGGAGGUACCAGCCUGGGGAACACUGCUGUGGGAACACAGUCCAAAGUGGUGCCCAUUGCCAGCCUCACCCCUUACCAGUCCAAGUGGACUGUUUGCGCUCGUGUCACCAACAAAAGUCAGAUCCGUACCUGGAGCAAUUCUCGAGGGGAAGGAAAGCUUUUCUCUAUCGAAAUGGUUGAUGAAAGUGGUGAAAUCCGAGCUGCUGCUUUCAACGAGCAAGUGGACAAGUUCUUUCCCCUCAUUGAAGUGAACAAGGUCUAUUAUUUCUCAAAAGGCACCCUGAAGAUUGCUAACAAACAAUUCACAGCUGUUAAAAAUGACUAUGAGAUGACUUUUAAUAAUGAGACUUCUGUCAUUCCCUGUGAAGAUGGUCAUCAUUUACCUACAGUUCAGUUUGAUUUCACAGGGAUCGAUGACCUAGAGAACAAGUCCAAAGACUCACUUGUUGACAUCAUUGGAAUCUGUAAGAGCUAUGAAGAUGCCACCAAAAUCACAGUGAAAUCUAACAACAGGGAAGUUUCUAAGAGAAAUAUCUAUUUGAUGGACAUGUCAGGGAAGGUGGUGUCCGCUACUCUGUGGGGAGAAGAUGCUGAUCGAUUUGAUGGUUCUAGACAGCCUGUGAUGGCCAUCAAAGGAGCCAGAGUUUCUGAUUUUGGUGGACGGAGCCUCUCUGUACUGUCUUCAAGCACUGUCAUCGUGAAUCCUGAUAUCCCAGAGGCCUAUAAACUCCGUGGAUGGUUUGACUCAGAAGGACAAGCCUUAGAUGGUGUUUCUAUCUCUGAUCUAAGGAGUGGAGGAGUAGGCGGGAGCAACACCAACUGGAAAACUCUAUACGAGGUCAAGUCAGAGAACCUGGGCCAGGGCGACAAGGCGGACUACUUUAGCUGUGUGGCGACGGUGGUGUAUCUUCGCAAAGAGAACUGUAUGUACCAAGCCUGUCCAACUCAGGACUGCAAUAAGAAAGUGAUUGACCAACAGAACGGAUUAUACCGCUGUGAGAAGUGUGACAGCGAAUUUCCUAAUUUCAAGUACCGCAUGAUCCUCUCAGCAAAUAUUGCAGAUUUUCUAGAGAAUCAGUGGGUCACUUGCUUCCAGGAGUCUGCAGAGGCCAUCCUUGGACAAAGCACCACUUACCUUGGAGAAUUAAAAGAGAAGAAUGAGCAGGCGUUUGAGGAAGCUUUCCAGAAUGCCAACUUCCGGUCUUUCACAUUCAAGAUCAGAGUCAAACUAGAGAACUACAAUGAUGAGUCUCGAAUUAAGGCCUCGGUGAUGGACGUGAAGCCUGUGGACCACAGAGAAUAUGGCAGAAGGCUGAUCGGGAGCAUCAGGAAGCACGCCAUGCAGUAA